UUCUUCCCUAAACAACAGCGACGCCCGUCGAUGAAGUUCUUCUCCAGCGUGGGUCGGCUGCCUUUGGGGGUGAGAGUGCUCGCCGCCGGUAGGUAGGGUGGCCGCUCCUUCUCGCCCUGUUGGUUGGUCCGCCUCUCCAACACCACGGCCGCCGACUCCAGCGAGCCCAGCUGACAGGCGGCUAUGAGCGGCGGCAGCGGUGGGGGCAGCCCCAACAACACGGAGUGGCGCUUCAACCAGACGCUCCGCAACGUGCAAGGAAUGCUCAAAGGACGUAGCUUUCCUGGGAAGGUUUUGCUAACCCGGAGGUCUGAGCCUCUUUCCCCUCCUGAUUAUUCUCCACGCUUGGAGAAUGAUCAUGAUGAGGAUGAGCACAAUGAAGGCUCGCAGGAGAGAGAAGGCCAAGCACCUGGAAACUUAUCUGACAACGCAAGUGCAAAGAAAUCAAAUCUUCCAUCAACAAGUAGCACAAAUUCAUUACCAGAUGCCCAAGGACUAGUUUCUGGGGCUAGAGCUACAGAUUCUGCAAGAAUUGCUAAAUUCACAAAGGAACUCUCUAGGCCAGCUGUUAUAUUAGACAAACUGCGUGAAUUAUCUUGGAGCGGUGUGCCCCCAUAUAUGCGACCUAACAUAUGGAGGCUUCUUUUGGGAUAUGCACCACCUAAUAAAGAUAGACGAGAAGGUGUUCUAACAAGGAAAAGACUUGAGUAUGUAGAAUGCGUUUCUCAAUACUAUGAUAUUCUAGAUAAUGAACGCUCAGAUGAAGAGAUUACAAUGCUUCGCCAGAUUGCAGUUGAUUGCCCAAGAACUGUACCUGAUGUUACCUUUUUCCAGAAUCCUCAAAUUCAGAAAUCUCUAGAGCGCAUUUUAUAUACAUGGGCCAUUCGUCACCCAGCAAGUGGCUAUGUUCAAGGAAUAAAUGACCUUGUUACGCCAUUCUUGGUCGUGUUCUUAUCAGAGCACCUAGAAGGCAACAUGGACACUUGGUCUAUGGACAACCUUACGCCGCAGGACAUUUCUAACAUAGAAGCAGACUGCUAUUGGUGUCUUUCAAAAUUUCUUGACGGAAUGCAGGAUCAUUACACCUUUGCACAACCAGGAAUUCAGCGCCUUGUUUUUAGAUUGAAGGAACUAGUUCGACGUAUAGAUGAACCUGUAUCAAAGCACAUUGAAGAACAAGGACUAGAGUUUCUUCAAUUUGCCUUCCGUUGGUUCAACUGCCUUCUGAUACGGGAGAUACCUUCUCAUCUUGUCACUCGCCUGUGGGAUACAUAUCUUGCUGAAGGAGAUUAUCUACCCGAUUUUCUUUUGUACAUAACGGCUAGCUUUUUGUUAACUUGGUCAGACAAGCUGCAGAAACUGGAUUUUCAAGAGAUGGUGAUGUUCCUUCAGCACCUACCGACUAGGACCUGGGCGCACCACGAGCUAGAAAUGGUCCUCUCCAGGGCUUACAUGUGGCACACGAUGUUCAAAAGCUCUCCCAGUCAUCUUGCCGGCUAGGAUCCCAUUCAUCGUGCCGGUAAGAAGCAACCGGCCCUGCCGCGUCUACGCUCGUAUUCCUCCCUUGUAGUGGUUACAAUGUUACACAUCCUGAGGGGGAACCUUCAGCGCAUACUAUCGGCUGUAUAGCUCGGACUUGUAUAUUACUGAGGAAUCAAGAUCUGUAAUGAAAUAUGAAGAUGAAUAGUAGUGUUGAAUUCAAUACACAUACCCCCCCCCCCCCAUUGUAUUGUUUGCCACUUUGGUGCCACAAGGCGUGUACUCUAGAUCUCUUCCCCCUUUGUACCUGAUACACAGUGCCUUGCCACCAUCAAUACGAGUAUGAGAUACUUAAAGUUUUGUGAAA